CCGUGGUCCAGAGCAACGGGGUCUAUUGGUCCAUUAUAUACUGUCUAUGCGUGGAGCACACUGUGGACACCGGUGGACACACGUGUCAUCGAGAAAUAAAAACUGACCGCCAAAAAAACCUCAAAGAAAAAGAAGAAGCGAGUACCAACAACAAGUUCUCUGUUCAACCAUUGGAAUGCACGGGUCCUUUAGGAUGAAAGAGAUUUUGGGUGUACUUCUGCUGGUCAGUAUAUGGAUACGGACUACUGACGCUGUUAGGAACACAGCAGAAUUACGGUGCCCAGAUACAUCGUUGGAUGCAGAAGUUGACAAGACAGUAAUUCUACCGUGUUGGACUGUGCCCAAAAUGGAUGUCGGCAACAAAGUGGAGUGGGUGCUUAAUGAUACCGUUGAUGUCCAUUUGCUCCGUAAGGGAAAACAUGAGUUUGAUGAUCAGGGGAAGGACUACAAAGACAGAACAUCUCUUUUCAACAGUGAACUGGAAACAGGAAAUUGUUCACUGCGUCUGAAAACCAAGAUGUCUCAUACUGGGAGAUACCGCUGUACUGUUAGAAUUGGAGAUGAGACAAAACACUGUUUUAUAUCCCUGACCGUCCAUCCACAUGAAAGAAGCAACACUACUCAACUCAAUCUAUCAGAUAGUACCAACUCUCCAGGUGGUAACAAGGACUCCACUUUUCCUCCGGGUGGCAUCGUCGGCAUCGUCUUCGGCAUCGUCGGCAUCAUCAUCAUCAUCAUUCUGAUCUGGAAGCGUAAAACGUGCUCUGAAGUUUUGGGUGGAAAGCGGCCCUGGCCAUUCCCUUUUCCACGCCCUCCCUGCUGUCCAUCUGGUGAAGUUGUUCUGCAGAUCGACCCAGAUGAUCCGGUGGCUCAGCCCAGGCCAGGGCGUACGGAGGUUGGAAGAACUGGACACCAAGAAAACACGUGAGACUGGAAGGGAUCAGGGAGCCAAAUCCUCCAGGAGAUGUCAACAUGUGAAGCAGGGACAUCUGUAGUCUUUAUGUCCAGUCUGCGGCCAGUCUCCAAACUACUUUUUGACCGAUUCCACUGUCACAGACUAAUGUCCAAUAUAAUAAUGAAAUCCUGAGAGUUUUGCUAGAAUCGGGGCGCUCCCGUCAUCUCCAUCGUUUGCUAAGGUCAUAAAACUCACUCCCAGUCAGUCUUUUCCCGUCUGGACGCUCAGACAAAAUCAAACGUGUUUAAUUUAAAGUAAGUUUUAAGUCUUAGUAGUGUAGUUAAAUCAUGUGAACAUUGUCAACAACCAAUGGGCAGUCUCCCUCCAGCACCAAACGGGAAGCAGCAAACCGGCUAGAGACUGGUGUUUAUGGUUGCUAUUGCAACCUACGCUAAAGUUAAGCUAGGUUAAAUUUUUCAAAAACAAAUUUGGUUGUAGUCCUGCAACGUGGGACUCUGCAAGAUCCCCAGUCUUUACCUAUUAUGUCUUUAACGUUAUGUCUUUAACGAGUUUUCUCAAAGUCUGUUCAAGUCUUUCCCUGCCAAAAGUACUUCAUUAUUACAUUCCAGUAAAACAAGCUAAGGUAAAUAUUAUUGCACUGCCCUGCUAUAACUGUCACAACAGAGGGUCCUUUGCACCAUGACCUCGAGCCAAAC